AUGGCAUUAGAGAUCAAGAAGCUGAGAGUCUAUGGAGAUUCAUCAAUCGUGAUUUGUCAAACUGAAGGGAAGUGGAAGACAAAGGAUGAAAAGCUGAAGCCUUACCAAGAACAUUUGGAGAACUUGAUCAAGAGCUUCGAUGAAAUCACCUUCGAAUAUUUACCGAGGGACAAUAACAAAUUCACCGAUGCCCUAGCUACUUUGGCUGCAAUGGUUGAAUGCACUCCAAAUACUCAAGUUCGACCAUUUUUGGUAGAUAGAAGGCAUGAACCGGCAUAUAAAGAGUCAAUAAAUGCUCUAACAACUGAUGGGAGGUUGUGGUCUGCACCCAUCAUUGACUUCAUCAGAGAAAUGAAAUAUCCUCCGAAUUUCACAACCAGUGAACAAAAGAGGUUGCAGAAGCAUGCCACAUAG